AGCCGGUGAACCAUACAGUGGUGGUGGCGAUGGUCGAGCGGUUGGAGCUGGAGAUGAGUAGAGUGGAGGCGGGGGUCCCCGAACAAUUGGACCAGGCGAGCCAUAGAGGGGCGGCGGAGACGAGCGGACAGUCGGAGCCGGGGAAGAGUACAAAGGUGGCGGUGAAGCACGAGUCGUGGGAGCUGGAGAGAAAUAGAGCGGGGGCGGGGAGGAGCGGACUAUAGGAGCGGGAGAAGAGUACAGUGGCGGCGAUGGUGGUCGGCUUAUAGGUGCUGGGGAGGAGUAAGCCGGCGGUGCUGAGGAUGAGUAAGGUGGUGGCGACGGUGGCCGACUGACUGGUGCUGGAGACGAGUAAGGUGGUGGCGACGGUGGCCGACUGACUGGUGCUGGGGAAGAGUACGGUGGUGGCGAUGGUGGUCGACUUAUCGGCGCUGGAGAAGCAUACGGAGGUGGCGAUGGCGGUCGACUUAUCGGUGCUGGAGAGGUGUACGCUGGAGGGGGUGAUGGCGGUCGACUUACAGGUGCUGGAGAAGAGUACGCUGGAGGUGGCGAUGGUGGUCGGCUUAUCGAUGGUGGUCGGCUUAUCGGUGCUGGAGAGGAGUACGCUGGAGGUGGUGAAGGCGGUCGACUUACAGGUGCUGGAGAAGAGUAUGCCGGUGGUGCGUAGCAGUACUCGGGUGGCGGCGGCGGCGAAGCGUAGUAAGCUCUUUGGGAACAGAUGGGAAGCGGCUCCUCGGGCCGGAAGCUGAGAAGGCCGACGUAGAUAACGUUGUCCUUGGUGCGCAUGUUGGCGUUGAGCGUCUGUGCGUGCUUGGCCGCGAUGUUGCACUGCGGAGUGGGAGUGCUCAGCAGCUUCACGGCGCACGAAGAGCCGGGCUCGUCCACCGGAAUGGCGAACGCUCCGGCCGAGUCCGUCAAUGCCUCGACGACGUGAAUCCCCCCGUCUUGCUGCGUGCAUUCGAGUGCGACUUUGGCACCUGGAACGCGAUCAAACCAUCGCCAGUGGUAAGUUCUAUUGAGCAAGAGUUCUCACAAGAUCAUCCAGGACUACGACUUACCUUUGACGAAGAUUGCGUACUCGGAGAAGCGGCCCUCGAUGCAUCGAUCGCAGAAAACCCGUCCGACGACGAGAUCAUUGUCGCCCACCGUCGCCGGAUCAUCGAUCGCGAAGCAAGAAGCCAUGAGAAGCAGCAGUAGCAGCAGCCGAAGCUCAGAGAUGUUUGCAAGCUCCAUGGAGCAAAGUAAACCAGCGAGAAAAAUAGAGAACCAAGAAAAAAAAAAGUGGCCAGUUUUUAUCGACGCAGGCUGUUGGAGCUCCUAACUUUCGUUAACGGAACUCUGGGUUAUUUACUC